GCUGUCUUGUCUCUUCUUCCGCCGGGCUGGUGGCGUGUGGCUCCCCACACCCGGCUCCCUCAAGGCUCCCGCGGACCCCGGAGCCCCGGCUCCCGGAGGGAACUGCACUUCGGCGGAGUUGAAUGAAUGAAGAGAGCGGAGAAGGAGUUCUGACGGGCUGGAUUCCAAAUUGCUUUUUUAAAAAUCUUGGAAACUCUGUCCUUCGUUGAAUUACGACACUGUCCACCUUUAAUUUCCUCGAAAACUCCAAUAACUCGACAGAAGCCAUGCCUUGUGUUCAGGCGCAGUAUGGGUCCUCGCCUCAAGGAGCCAGCCCCGCUUCCCAGAGCUACAGUUACCACUCUUCGGGAGAAUACAGCUCCGAUUUCUUAACUCCAGAGUUUGUCAAGUUUAGCAUGGACCUCACCAACACUGAAAUCACUGCCACCACUUCUCUCCCCAGCUUCAGUACCUUUAUGGACAACUACAGCACAGGCUACGACGUCAAGCCACCUUGCUUGUACCAAAUGCCCCUGUCCGGACAGCAGUCCUCCAUUAAGGUAGAAGACAUUCAGAUGCACAACUACCAGCAGCACAGCCACCUGCCCCCUCAGUCCGAGGAGAUGAUGCCACACUCCGGGUCGGUUUACUACAAGCCCUCCUCGCCCCCAACACCCAGCACCCCGGGCUUCCAGGUGCAGCAUAGCCCGAUGUGGGACGACCCGGGGUCUCUUCACAACUUCCAUCAGAACUACGUGGCCACUACACACAUGAUCGAGCAGAGGAAGACACCUGUCUCCCGCCUUUCACUCUUCUCCUUUAAGCAGUCGCCCCCGGGCACUCCUGUUUCCAGCUGCCAGAUGCGCUUCGACGGGCCUCUGCACGUCCCUAUGAACCCGGAACCCGCGGGCAGCCACCACGUAGUGGAUGGGCAGACCUUCGCCGUGCCCAACCCCAUUCGCAAGCCGGCAUCCAUGGGCUUCCCGGGCCUGCAGAUCGGCCAUGCAUCUCAGUUGCUUGACUCGCAGGUGCCCUCGCCACCGUCCCGGGGCUCUCCCUCCAACGAGGGUCUGUGCGCCGUGUGCGGAGACAACGCGGCCUGUCAGCACUACGGCGUUCGCACUUGUGAGGGCUGCAAAGGUUUCUUUAAGCGCACGGUGCAAAAAAACGCAAAAUACGUGUGUUUAGCAAAUAAAAACUGCCCAGUGGACAAGCGCCGCCGAAAUCGUUGUCAAUACUGUCGAUUUCAGAAGUGCCUGGCUGUUGGGAUGGUUAAAGAAGUGGUUCGCACGGACAGUUUAAAAGGCCGGAGAGGUCGUUUACCCUCGAAGCCGAAGAGUCCACAGGAUCCCUCUCCCCCCUCACCCCCGGUGAGUCUGAUCAGUGCCCUCGUCAGAGCCCAUGUCGACUCCAACCCGGCUAUGACCAGCCUGGACUAUUCCAGGUUCCAGGCAAACCCUGACUAUCAGAUGAGUGGAGAUGACACCCAACAUAUACAGCAAUUCUACGAUCUCCUGACUGGCUCUAUGGAAAUCAUCAGAGGUUGGGCAGAGAAGAUCCCUGGCUUUGCUGACCUGCCCAAAGCUGAUCAAGACCUGCUUUUUGAAUCAGCGUUCUUAGAAUUAUUUGUUCUUCGAUUAGCGUACAGGUCCAACCCAGUGGAGGGUAAACUCAUCUUUUGCAAUGGGGUGGUCUUGCACAGGUUGCAAUGCGUGCGUGGCUUUGGGGAAUGGAUUGAUUCCAUUGUUGAAUUCUCCUCCAACUUGCAGAAUAUGAACAUCGACAUUUCUGCCUUCUCCUGCAUUGCUGCCCUGGCUAUGGUCACAGAGAGACAUGGGCUCAAGGAACCUAAGAGAGUGGAAGAAUUACAAAACAAAAUUGUAAAUUGUCUUAAAGACCACGUGACUUUCAAUAAUGGGGGCUUGAACCGUCCCAACUAUCUAUCCAAACUGUUGGGGAAGCUCCCAGAACUCCGCACCCUUUGCACGCAGGGGCUCCAGCGCAUUUUCUACCUGAAACUGGAAGACUUGGUACCACCACCAGCCAUAAUUGACAAACUAUUCCUGGACACCUUACCCUUCUAAGAUCUUCUCCCAUGCACUUCAAAAGACCUGGAAAGAAAAACCAUCCAGAGGGGUCUGGUCACACGGGCAGAGCUGGCCAAAGUGCCCUGUUCAUAUCAUCUCCCUUCUGUAGACCCCUAGCCCCCAUUCCUAAAGUAAACAAACAAACAAACAAACAAAAACUGCCGCUAUUUCCUAACCUGCAGGCAGAACCUGAAAGGGCAUUUUGGCUCCGGGGCACCCUGGAUUUAGAAAAUGGACAACACACAGUAUAGUGGUAUAAACUUUUUAUUAUCAGUUCAAAAUCAAUUUAUUGUUCAGAAGAAAAACUGCUAAUGUUUGAUGGGAAAUGUUUGGCCAUGCUUGCUUGUUGCAGUUAAGACAAAUGUAUCCACACACCACACACAUAAACACACACACACACACACACACACACACACACCUACCUUAGGAGGACCCACAUAUUUUGCCCUAUAAUAAGACUUCAAAGUUUUCUGCUGUAAAGACAGCUGUAAUAUAUAUAGUAAAACUAAAUGUUGCGUGGGUGGCAUGAGUUGAAGAAGGCAGAGGCUUGUAAAUUUAUCCAAUGCAGUUUGGCUUUUUAAAUUAUUUUGUGCCUAUUUAUGAAUAAAUAUUACAAAUUCUAAAAAGUAAGUGUGUUUGCAAAAAAAAAAAAAAAGAAAAUAAUUACAUAAAAA